AUAAAAAUCAAAAAUAAAAAUCAAACAAAGUAUUGAGAACAUUUGUGUAAUCGUGGAAAUUAGUAAAAACCAAACUUGUUCUGUCUUAGAAAAAUUGGUUCUUAAAUAAGGUCUGUGUUAGCGUUACCCUCCAAUCUUUUCUAAGAACCUCGGGGAGUUCUAGAAAAGCUCUUGGGCCUAAAGUGGUACCUUGGCAGCCUUUCCAAUUGGCCUGGGAACAUUUUGGUGUAUACUUAUUACAUUAUUACAUAUUUGCGCUUAUAAUACUUACAAAAUAAAAAAUAAAAAAUAAAAAAAAUAUUUAUGCCACGAAACAGAGACACACUAGGGAGAUUUGUGAGACAACAAGUAGAAACUUUAGAAAACUCUCCUAGUUCGUCGUUUUCUUCCAUUCGUUCAAACACUCCUGAUUCACCGAGACUUCCUGAACCACCCACGAUGGCUCAUCAAGAUGAAGUCCAACCAAGAACGCUACAGGAAUAUUUACAUCCUACGCGUACAGCCACACCUUCGUGCAUAAUGUAUCCCAACAAUAUGCCAAAUUUCGAUUUCAAACCCGGCAUGAUUAACCUCCUACCAACCUUCCAUGGGUUGGAAAAUGAGAGUCCGUACGUGCAUAUUCGGGAAUUCGAAGAGGUGGUGGCUACAUUCAACAACCGAGCUGAUGUCACCAACAUUGUGAGAUUGAAAUUCUUUCCUUUCUCACUCAAAGACAAAGCAAAAAGCUGGUUGUAUUCCUUAAGGCCUAGAUCUAUCGGAACAUGGGACGAAAUGACAAAAGCAUUCUUUUCCAAAUAUUUCCCGCCCCAUAAGACUAGCAGCCUUAAGAGACAAAUCUCUACCUUCAUCCAGAAAGACCAUGAAACUUUCCAUCAGGUUUGGGAGAGGUUUAGAGAUUUGAUAAAUCAAUGCCCACAUCAUGGAUACGAAAGCUGGCGUCUGAUCAGCUAUUUCUAUGACGGUCUCACAACCGGACAAAGACAAUUCGUACAAAUGAUGUGCAAUGGCGAAUUCCUUCAAAAAGAUCCCGAUGAAGCUUUCGAGUACCUCGACGAUCUUGCUGAAAAAUCCUACACAUGGAAUGGACCAAGUCCUAUGGACAAGCCACGAUCAACUGGAAUCUACCAAUUGAAGGAAGAGGAUAACGUCAAAAGCCAAAUUGAAUCAUUGAGACAACAAUUCGAGGCUUUCAAAUCUCAAGAAGGUAGAGGAAUCCACAUGGCUGCAAAAGUAGAGACACGAGAUCCAUGCUUCAUCUGUGGAGGAACGGAACAUCAACCGCAAGAGUGCCCAACUCUUAGUGAGUUAAGAGGAGGAAAAGAGGAACAAUGCAAUGCCUUAGGGGAUUACAAGAAACCUUAUAACCCUUUCUCAAACACUUACAAUCCUGGUUGGCGCAACCAUCCAAAUUUCAGCUGGAAGGAUUCGAACCAAGCAUCUGGGAGCCAAUGGAGGCCUGAGCAGCAACAACCACCAAAAUCAUACAACGCUCCUCAAAAUAUCAUGCAGUCAAGUAAUUCUCUUGAGAGUACUUUGCAAAUGCUUGCACAAACUCAAAUAGCCUCAACUCAAGAGCUCAAAGCUUGUUUCACACAAAUGGUAGAGGAAAUGAAAGACAUGAAAGUCCAAAUGACAAAGCUAAACACUACUUUGGCUAUUCAAGAGCAUGGGAAACUUCCCGCUCAACCUCUAAUCCAUCAAAAAGGGCAACACAUGGCACAAACCUCCUCCUCUGCAGAUACAAAUUUCAAAGAGGUUAAUGCCAUAACUACUCGAAGUGGUCAAAGUACGGUUUCACCGUUAACAAAGACAACGAGUACGUCAAUGCCCGCUCCAGAUAAUGAUGUGCCAAUAAACAUUCCAGUAAAGGCACCCUUUCCUCAAGCUUUGAAAUCCACUGGAAAGGUACUGGAAAAUCAUGGUGAAAUCCUAGACCUUUUAACACAAGUGAAGAUCAACUUGCCAUUGUUGCAUGUGAUCAAACAAGUGCCGGCUUAUGCCAAGGUUAUCAAGGAUUUAUGCACCGUUAAAAGAAAGCAUCAUGUCAAGAAAACUGCAUUCUUGGCAGAACAAGCUAGCGCGGUAAUUGACUGCAAAACACCGCCUAAGUACAAAGAUCCUGGUUGUCCCACCAUCUCAUGUCAAAUAGGGGAACAGGAAUUUGGUCAAGCCCUUCUAGACUUAGGAGCAAGUGUAAAUCUCAUGCCAUAUUCAAUAUACUUGCAAUUAGGUCUAGGAGAACUCAAGCCCACAUCUGUGGUGCUACAACUGGCUGAUCGAUCAGUUAAGAAACCUCGGGGAAUAGUAGAAGACGUUCUGAUUCAAAUUGAAAAAUUCUAUUACCCUGUUGACUUUCUCAUCUUGGACACUCAAUCUGAAGUAAGUAUAGAGUCCAAAAUUCCCAUCAUUCUCGGUAGACCUUUCCUCGCAACAGCAAAUGCACUCAUUAACUGUAGGAAUGGUCUCAUGAAAAUCUCUUUCGGGAACAUGACUCUAGAAGUGAAUGUUUUCCACAUCGGCAAACAACCACCUGACAACGAUGAGUGUUUCCAAUCCUAUCUCAUCGAUACACUUAUUUCGGAAGAGGUCGAAUCAAAAUACACGUCUAAUCAUUUUAAUCACCUCUUCCAAAUUUCAGAAAGUUCUGAGCCUGAUGAGUCGACAAUCAACCCUGAAAUCGUUAAACACUCACAGGCUAAAAGAACCAUGUUUUGGAAUCCAAUCUUUGAGGAACUCCCUCAAGAUCGAGAAACACCAAAACCAUCUAUUGAACAAGCUCCUCAACCAAAGUUGGCCCAACUUCCUGACGGUCUUAAGCAUGUUUUCCUGGGAGCUGACAACACUUUUCCUGUCAUAAUAUCCUCCAAGAUCACUGCCACACAAGAGCUCCAACUCAUCAAUGUGUUGCAAGAACAAAGAGAUGCAUUAGGAUGGACGAUAGCUGACAUCAAAGGUAUUAGUCCAUUAAUUUGCUCCCAUCACAUUCAAUUGGAAGACGGGGCUAUACCACGUCGUGACCCGCAAAGAAGAUUGAACCCAACGAUGAAGGAAGUAGUAAAGACUGAAGUCUUGAAACUUCUGGAUUCUGGCAUAAUCUAUCCUGUUGCUGAUAGUAAAUGGGUCAGCCCAACUCAGGUUGUGCCCAAGAAAUCUGGGGUAACAGUGGUACCAAAUGAAAAAGGGGAACUUGUUCCUACCAAGGUCACAACUGGGUGGCGCAUGUGCAUUGAUUAUAGAAAAUUAAAUGCAGCCACCCGCAAAGACCAUUUUCCACUUCCAUUCAUCGAUCAAAUAUUGGAACGUGUGGCAGGUCAUCCUUUCUAUAGCUUUCUCGAUGGUUAUUCAGGGUAUUACCAAAUCGAGAUUGCCUUAGAAGAUCAGGAUAAGACCACAUUCACUUGUCCUUUUGGUACUUUUGCCUUCCGGCGUAUGCCAUUUGGCCUGUGCAAUGCUCCAGCCACUUUCCAGCGAUGCAUGAUGAGCAUAUUUAGUGAUAUGAUCGAGAAAUGUAUGGAAGUAUUCAUGGAUGAUUUGACAGUAUUUGGAGAUUCCUUUGAAUCAAGCCUUCUCAAUUUGGAGUCUGUGCUUAAACGUUGCAAAGAGAAAGGCUUAGUACUCAACUGGGAAAAGUGUCAUUUCAUGGUGCCAUCAGGCAUAGUAUUGGGGCAUGUCGUGUCAGAACGAGGAAUUGAGGUUGAUCAAUCAAAGAUUGAACUCAUAUCAAAGUUGCCCACCCCCAAGACUGUUAAAGACAUUCGGUCUUUUCUUGGGCAUGCAGGAUUCUAUAGGAGGUUCAUACAAAACUUUUCGACAAUUGCUCGCCCUUUGUCAAACCUCCUAGCAAAAGAUGUUGUGUUCAGUUGGACACCUGAGUGUGAGGAAUCUUUCCGAACACUCGUUGCAAAACUCACUUCCGCCCCUAUCAUUCAGCCACCAGAUUGGAACUUACCGUUCGAAAUCAUGUGUGAUGCUAGCAAUUAUGCUAUAGGGGCUGUCUUAGGUCAAAGAAGGGAAGGGAAGCCCUUCGUUGUCUAUUACGCAAGUAGAACUCUUAACAGUGCUCAAAUGAACUAUUCUACCACUGAGAAAGAGUUACUUGCUGUAGUAUUCGCACUUGACAAGUUUCGUUCCUACCUGAUUGGUUCACCUAUCACAGUCUUCACGGACCAUUCCGCCUUAAAAUACCUCCUUUCCAAAAAGGAUGCUAAGGCGCGUUUAAUUAGGUGGAUCCUUCUGUUACAGGAAUUUGAUCUGACCAUAAAAGACAAGAAAGGAGUUGAAAACGUGGUAGCGGACCACUUAUCUCGUCUUGAAUUUUCUGAUUCCGCUGAUGGCCCAGCCAUUCGAGAUGACUUCCCUGAUGAACAUCUCUUCGCAGUCACUAAGUUGCCAUGGUACGCUCAUAUCGUCAAUUACUUAGUGACUGGCGAACUUCCAACUGCAUGGAGUGCACAAGAUAAACGUAAAUUUUUGGUCGAGGUUCGUAACUUCUAUUGGGAUGACCCAUAUCUUUUCAAGUAUUGCCCCGACCAAAUUAUGAGACGUUGCAUUCCAGAUGAUGAAAUUUUUAGUGUUUUGAACUUUUGUCAUAAUGAAGCUUGUGGUGGUCAUUUUUCAAUGAAAAAGACUGCUGCAAAAAUCUUACAGUGUGGUCUUUAUUGGCCUACUUUGUUCAAAGACACUAACAAUUUCUGUCGAUCAUGUGAAAGGUGUCAGAAAUUAGGUGCCCUGUCCCGACGACAUAUGAUGCCAUUAAACCCAAUUCUUGUAAUAGAAAUAUUCGAUUGUUGGGGAAUAGACUUUAUGGGACCAUUUCCACCUUCUUCUGGCUACCUUUACAUUCUCCUCGCCAUAGACUAUGUCUCGAAAUGGGUGGAAGCUGUGCCUUGUCGAAAUAAUGAUAACACAACUGUUGUGAAAUUUUUAAAAGAAAAUGUGUUAUCUAGGUUUGGCACACCACGCGCUAUCAUAAGUGAUCAAGGCACCCAUUUUUGCAACUAUUCUUUUGAGACCUUAAUGCAAAAAUAUGGUGUAAUUCAUAAGGUUGCAUUGCCUUAUCACCCACAGACAAAUGGCCAAGCUGAGUUAGCCAACCGAGAAAUUAAGCAAAUUUUAGAAAAGACGGUUAAUCCUGACCGCAAAGAUUGGUCCUCACGACUUCUCGAUGCUCUCUGGGCAUACCGCACUGCUUACAAAACUCAACUUGGUAUGUCUCCUUAUAGGCUAGUCUAUGGUAAAGCCUGCCACCUUCCUGUUGAGCUGGAACACAAAGCCUAUUGGGCAGUUAAAAGCCUAAAUUUUGAUCUCAAGGCGGCAGGACUCAAUCGUAAGCUUCAAUUGUCAGAAAUUGAAGAGUUAAGGAACGAUGCUUAUGACAACUCUAGGAUCUACAAGGCUAAAAUGAAAGCGGUUCAUGACAAGCAGAUCCUAAGAAAAGAAUUUGAGCCAAACCAACGAGUGCAUCUUUAUGACUCUCGUCUGCAUAUCCACCCUGGCAAGCUGAGAUCAAGGUGGACUGGCCCAUAUGUUGUAAAAACCGUCUUUCCCAACGGUGCUGUUGAGGUCAUAGACCCAACUGAUGGGAGAGAA